AACCCCAGUCCGAGGAGGAGGGAAAGCGCGUAAACCAAACAGUAACAGCGUUUACGUAAAACGUUACUCAAACGUGCAUCUGAACGGAAUUGCUCUCGCCGGUCGUGCUAACAUCCCACAGAAUCAGCGAAGAGAAAGAAGAAAAAAAAGAGAAAAAAAGAAAAGGUCGUCCGUCCGUCCGUCCGUCGCGUUUUUCGCUCCAGCUUUUUUUUUCUCUGCUCCGCCUGGUUUCAUUUGGCGAACCGACGCUUGGCUCGGUCGUUGCAGGUGUUCACCGAUCCCGGGUUCUGUACCACCGCUGUGUGUGUGUGUGUGUGUGUGUGUGUGUGUGUCUGUGUUAGUGUGUCACGCAUAAUCCGACGCAGCGAGCUAUUUCUGCAAGAAACAUGCCGAGGUCCAACAGGCAAAAGGAAUACAAACCCGGAGAUCUCGUCUUCGCCAAGAUGAAGGGGUAUCCACACUGGCCUGCGAGGAUUGAUGAGUUACCUGAAGGAGCAGUGAAGUCGCCUUCAAACAAAUACCAGGUGUUCUUUUUUGGAACACAUGAGACGGCGUUCCUGGGGGCCAAGGAUUUGUUCUCGUAUGAUGAAUGUAAGGAGAAGUUUGGGAAAUCAAACAAGAGGAAAGGCUUUGCUGAGGGACUCUGGGAGAUCGAGAACAACCCCACCGUCACGCAUGAAGACUACGAGUCAUCGAAGAAGGAUAACGCAUCUGAAGGAGCAGUAGAUGAAGGUAGUUCAGAGAAAGCUGAUGCCGAGGGCAGCAGUGAUGAGGAUGAAGGGGCCCUGGUCAUUGACGAGAAGAACGAGAGGGGAGGAGGCAAGCGAAAAGCGGAGGAUUCCACAGAGGCCUCUCCGAAGCGGCCGAAGGAUACAGGAGUGGAAGGUGACACUAAAGUAGACGGCAGCAAGUCUAACUCGGAGGCCAAGCUCAACGAUGUGGCUGGGCCCAAGGCGACUGCUCCCUCUUCACAGAGCGAGUCAAAACCAGAGGCCCAGGAAAAGGCUCCAGCAGGAGGCCAGCUAACAGCAGAUAAGCCUGUGACAGGUAGUGCUUAACAUCCACUCAGAAGAAAACCAAGAACCGUUGACGCUUGGAAUUGAAGCGUCAAUGCGGUUCCCUGCAGGAUGCCACAUCUCAGCUGUUUAAUUCAUAGGAAAAUUUUAAAAAGCCUAAGUGUUUGUAUUGAGAGAAAAGCAAAUCCUCAUUUACCAUUUUUGGGAUAUCAUAUAUCCCAGGGAUUAAAAAAGUUUGCUAAUCUGAUUUCAAACAAUUGAACUGAGCACUUUAAGGCUCAUUUAUAAAUGGGAUUUUGGUGUGUAUAUAUUUUUUAUUUCUAAGUGCAAUUACAUAAUUACAAAGACUAAAUGCUAGGUGUCAAAACAUUUUCUUUUUUCAUUUAGAGGGAAUAAACACUGAAAAUAAAGUAAAGGAAAUUUAAAAAAUGAAAACAUUUAAGCAGCAAUUAUCUGACAAUGGUUCCUGUUUGGUGGUUUUAAAACGUAGAUCUUGUACAGGAAUAAAAAAGAACAAAAUGUCACCCAUGCUCUCAGCUUUAGUUCAUGAAUUACAUGUCUCAGCCUCAUCUGAAUCAUUUAGUCACUCGUAGGAUUUAUGAUUUGCACCUUUUUCACUGCCCCAUUGUAGUAUGCUUCAUUGCAUGUGACCAAAUUACGUGAUUAAUUUUACAGGAUCCCACAUAUGGCCUACUUGGCUUUUGAACGUAUUAAACAUGUAAGCCCCGUUUAAGAAGUAAACAAUUUUACGAUUUAAAAAGUUUCUUUGCAAGAGCCUCUGUAAAUUUCUUCUAACUGAUGUGCAUCACUGAAAGCAGAAAUACAUUCCUGAAUGUUGAUGUGUCCGAGCUCCGUUUUUGUGGAGGUGGAGUGACGGCAUUUUUGAGGGGGGAAAUUGAUAGUUGUCUUUCUCUUUGGAAAUUGUGUCAAACUCUUUCAAAUCCAUCGACUCAACUCUCAUGUUGUUUUAAUUUCCUGUUUAGCUCACAUUAUCGCUGCCAUUUGUUGAUACUGGACAUGUAAUUGUGAAGAACACAUGGUUGCAUUCAGUACUAAGUUGUUCCAAAUAUUUUUCAGCUCUGAAAUAUAUUGUUGACAUUGUUAAUACCAACUUGUGAUCUACACAAAGUGUUUUUGUGAGAAAUUGAAUUGAGAGAGAAUCUGUAGAGUGAACAAUGUGUAAAUCUCAAGUUUUUGACUUUUUUGCUUUUUCGGACCCUCCAAACUGGAUCCUGGGUCUGUUCUACUUCGGUGGUCUUAUUAUUUUUUUCGCUGUGAAACAAAGUUGUGAUGUUUUAAAGAUGUUUGAUCCAAACAUUUGUUUUGACAUGUUCAAACUUUAUCAAUAUGUGGUUAAUAUGUGGUGUUGUUAUUUUCCACUAUAUGUGAUUUAUAAGGUGCAAGAUUGUUUUUUCUUUUCUUUUAAAUUCUUGGCCUUUUCACCAUGUUACUUGGAUGUCCUAGUCAUUGCUUCAGUGUCGUGUAUUUGGCAACAUGAGGCCAUAGUUUAUCAAAUAAAAACUUAAGGGAAAUCACAGGUCAUGAAAGUGAAAAUAUUUCUUGCUGUUGUUUUAAAGAUGGACACCUAUCUAUCACCACACCACUGAUUUCAAUUCAAUUUCAAAUGCCCCACUCAGAUCUGCAGUUAAUUCCAAGGGUAUGAUUUGGUAAGUGUAAUUCUUGGUUUUGCUUUCUGUGUUACUUUUGGAAGCUGCCAUUCAUCUUAAUCUGCUGCUUAGUUUACUGUUGUAGUUGCCAGUCCAUUUAAUAAACCAGUUGAUUACAAAAAAA